GGUAGUGGUCACUUUAACUCUUUGCCACGUUGUAUCCCGUGAGCCAUUCCGCCCUCCGGCCCCACUGUAUCCCAUCGUGCCCUGCGUUUUUCGUCUGCGACCUCCCACAGCCCCGCCUCUUCCGGUGCAUGACUGAUCAUGGCGCAGGGGCAGCGCAAGUUCCAGGCGCGGAAACCAGCGAAGAGCAAGGCAGCGGCGACAGCCUCGGAGCGGAACCGGGGCCCGAGGAAGGGCGGUCUCGUUAUCGCACCCAAGAAGGCACGCAUCGUGCAACAGCAAAAGCUCAAGAAGAACCUGGAGGUCGGGAUCCGGAAGAAGAUCGAACAUGAUGUGCUGAUGAAAGCCAGCACCAGCCUGCCCAAGAAGCUGGCGCUGUUGAAGGCCCCCACCAAAAAGAAAGCAGCAGCGCCCCCCUCCACCAAGACGCCUUCCUAAGGGUGCACCCCAGCAGAGGGCAUCGCCGCAGCCCUGUCUGUGCUCAGACCUGUGCAGGGAGGAGAGGCCGUGCUCCCCAGAGCCUUGGGUUGCGCCUCAAACUUUACUGGGGGCCUGGCCCGUGAGCAGGGGAUCAGCAGGUCAGAAGUGCACUGGCUGGCUUCCCAGGGUGCCAAGGCCAGGCCAAGCGCAGGCCAAGGCCAGGAGGAUGCCUUCACCAACUUCCUGUGUCCCCCUACCCCUCCCCACAUCCUGUCUCCACUGGUUUAACCCAGAGCAAUAAACCUGACUUUGUCAUUCC